AAUGGAGCAAUACAAGGACAAUGAAUUUAUUUAAAUAAAUGCCUUUCUUUGCUAUUCAAACUAUCGUUUACAACUUGUGGCAAAAAAGGAGUACCACCGAAUUUCGUAGUUCGUGUUCAAAGCUAGGCAACUGUUCAGAACUCCUUUGUUUCAUCGGUUUCCUUUUUUCACACGCAAUAUUUAUACAAAUUCACAUAUAUUUGAUAUACUAUCGGUCAGAGAGUAUUGUGUUUUCAGAUUCGAACUUUUCACUCCGGAAGGAUGUCUCAUUUGUAUAAACUCUGUCUCCUCCAUCUUCUGCAGACCAGGUUGAUCCUAUUGUUUCAGCAUUUCUUUAUUAGACCUUGGUUUCCUCACCAAAUGUUUGAAGGGAGAGUUUGCAGUGUUGGGCUCAUAACUUCCCUACGAACGCCUCAAGUACAAUCUUUAUUGUUUUGAGAAAAUAGUGUAAAUUUUAGAAGAGUUAUUAAAGUGCUAAAGUGUUGUACGAGUCGUUGUACUUUUCAAGAGAAUGGCUGGUGGACUAUCCUUAGACGUGUCAAAUGGCACUUUUUCUAAAGCUUUCCAAAGUGUUGAAAAAGAAAGAGCUGAGGUUAAUCUUUCGUGGAAAGAUAAUACAAGGAAAGUUAUCGUUAACAAGGUGGCAUCAGCUUUUGGAAGCACUAAUAUAACUUUCGAGUACUUUAAAAUUCUGAAGACUUGAGAAAAAGUGUAGAAAUAUAUCUGUUUGCCUCUUUGGGCAUUAUUUGGGUUGAAUUGUUUUAGUGUUUUGAGAAACAAUUUGUGUGAACCAAUAAAGAUAGUUUAAAAAUUUUUGGUCUUAAAUAUCCUCACAAGAAUCUUAUAGAAGUUUUCAGUAUUCUCAAGUAGUGACCAUUAUGGAAUUAAUUGAUAGACUCAGGAAUAACUGAGAAAAGUAUACCGCUGGCGACGGUUGUCAAAUUCUCAAUUCAGACUGAUGUAAAAUUU